AUUCAUGUCAGGACUGGAAGACAAGAGAGGCAAGUCAGGUGUCUACUCCAUUCAAGUGCAGAAACCAGAGAGAAACUAAGAGUCUGGUGCGACAUGGACUCUGGCGAUGCGGCUGCUGGUAUGUGUGAUGUAUGCUCAUUUGUUAGUGUGUUAAUCAUAUGUUUUGUAUGUCAGUGUGUGGCAUAGUCAUGGUCUAACAAAUUGUGCUGCAAUGUGUCAAAGAAUGAGAAGUCUUUUAAGUGAAUGUUUAAAUGUCAAAGACCUGGUCAGCAUGUGUUUAGUAAUGAUCCUCAUAAUUUUAUGAUUUAAUUUCUUUGAUGGCACCUGUCCUAAAUAUUUCUCUAAACUGCUCUUUCCUAACGUCCCAGCCAAUAUAAUUUACAUAAGUCUAAUCAAAGCAAGGCAACAGCCUUAUAUAUCACAACUGCUGGAUGAGAGGUGUUCAGUAAGCACAGGACUAUGUAAGUGUAAACAAAUGAUAGAGUUCCAAUGUUUCCAAGGUAACGAAGUUGUCUGUCACGGUCAGGUGUUCCAGAGACGCCGUGACGGCUCCGUUGACUUCUACAGGGACUGGGCACAAUAUGAACAGGGCUUCGGUGACAUCAGAUGGGAGUUCUGGCUGGGUUUAUCAAGGCUUCACACCCUGACCAAAGGGAGACCCACCCGACUGCGUGUAGACCUUGGCGAGAAGAACGGACAUCGUCACUACGCUGAGUACUCGUCAUUCAGGGUGGACGGUCCUGAGACAAACUACGCACUGACCGUGUCUGGCUACUCGGGUAACGCGGGUGACAGCAUGGAGGACCACAACUACCAGGAGUUUUCAACCUAUGACAGAGACAACGACAAGGAUUCUCGCAACUGUGCCGCUGUGUAUUACGGCGCCUGGUGGUACUUUGCGUGUCACUACGCUCACCUCAACGGCCUGUACAAGGCUGACGGGGCUAAGGAUUAUGACGCAUCACUGGUAUCGCACCCACAAAGACUGGAGGAGCUUCACCUUCAGCGAGAUGAACUCAAACCAGCCUAACAUCGCCUUGUCUCCUGUACUCUCACUGCUUACACCCUCAGUCUACUGUACACCACACGUUUCACUCAUGAUGUCACCUCAGUGCAGAUGACUGGUCUUGCAAAAAAUUUAGAAUAUAAACUCAGUGCAUUGUAUUCUCCCUUAGUUAUUUUUAUAUUGGUCAUAUUGUUAAAAGAUUCUAACAUAUAAACCUUAACACGUCUCAUUUUUAUUGAUGAAGUUAACAUAUUAAUUGUCCUUAAAAUGUAAUGAACUGUAGUGAGACAUAAUAGUUUAUACAUCUUAUUGUAGUGUAACACGGUGUUAAAAGUAUAAUUGUCAACUAAUAGUUUAUUUGUUCAAAAAAUACAAAAGUACUGAUUUUGGCACAGUUUGUUGCUCAUAAUUUUCUUACUGAUGGCAAUUACACAUCACAAAAUUUGCAUUGUAUGAAAAAGUUUGAAAAGUUUGAAAAGUUAAAAAAAAGUUUAAUUGAUAUUAUGUUGUGAAGCUUACUCUAUCUUUUCUUUGAUGUUAAAGCAACAUUGUACGCUUUUGCCAGUCUUCAAAGUCUUCAGGCUAGUUGUCACGAAUGCCUGACCCAAAAAGAAGAAAAAAAUCAUUGCAAUCUUCGAAACAUUUAUUAUUAAUUGUAUCACUGGUGCCUUAGUGAGGGGCACUGCUAACACUUGUCAUGUCUUACGAUGCUGUAGUGCUUGACAAAUCACUAGGUUUAUCUAUCCUAUUAGUGUGUAAUAAAUAAUAUAUAUCAUUAUAAAUAAUACAUAAUAUAUAAUAUAUAAACAGUGCUAUGCAUUGUGGUUAAAACAUUUAGGUAUCUGCUUUGCAAAAUGCGAAUUUAGCAUUGGGAUUGUUUUCUUUGAUGAUUUACCAAACGUGUAUGAACACACACACAAAAGAAAAUAAUAUUAAAAAACUAAAUUGAACAAUAUAGCAAAUUCAUCAAAACUAUUAAACACUUAUCUAUAAUAUCAAAAGCAGGUGUGUGUUUGAGCCAGCAAUACGUCCAAGCAGAAUAAAUAUAGUUUAAAGGAAGCGAUGGCUUAUUUUUAAAUGUAUUACAAGUCCAGUAGAUAUUUCAGAUCUUUCUUCAUCCUCAUGUUCCCUGUGACCAGAUUUUAUUGAAGGAUGGCGGGACUUCCGGGGUCAUCACCGACCACUCACCACCUUCAGCUGCACUGUUCACACGUUUUGCAGGAAGAACACCGCUCCUGACAUCUCUGAACCAAGAGCACUGUGGGCAUUAUAAAAAAAAUGGUUCCAUUAGUUAAUUAAAAUAUACACUACACAGCAAAUCAAUUAUGAGGAAUGUUUAACAUAAGGAAGACCUGCAAUUUGUAAUCCUAUGUUUCCUUGCGCUUCUAGAAUUAUCUACUGU